UUGAGUUGCAAGGCAUUCGGCGUGGUCCACGGCUGGACACAAUUGGUAAAGUUAUUUCGAGUGCGAGCGCAAUCUCUGGUUAGGCCGCUAACGCGGCAAUAACGCAAGCCCAGCAUCCCUAUUUCGUGUUGGACUGGAGGUAAAUCCAACAUAUUGGUCCUUCGAGCCGGAUCGAGGACUGAUCCGGAUCAUCAAGGCUGGGCUUUCGCCAUUGCAUUUUGGAGCGACUCCUUCAUUUACGGGACGACGCCAUUUUGGGCGGUGAAGUUUAUUGGAGUAUUGGGGAACAAAGGUUGUUCCGCCAUCGCAUAUUCUCUAACGCUUUUUAUCCGCCAUCGCUUAACUGGACAUUGGCGCCAAGGGAUUUUUCUCAGGUGAGUUGAUCCACUACCAUAUGUCCAGCCGAAGCUUAUCGUUUAUGCAAUACUAACACACGUUUUCGAACAUUAUUGCUUUGCACAUCGAGUUACUUUACUGCACUGUCGGCAUUUAUAUUGGAUAACGGUUGAAGUUGGAUAAAGCACACCACUAAUUGGAAGGAUUGGAAGGAAAUAGUCUGAACCCUAUCAUUAAGAAGAGGAAGCGCAGAACAAGGUUCUCCAGGUUAGUGGACAAUUGAUGGUAUAUGUUCGCCGAAGCUAGGCUCGGAUACUUCACAAUUAUAAUAAAAUAUCCUCUUCGACGGUGCGUUGUGCUUUAUACUAUUCUACUCUAUAUGCGAGUCUAUGAGGCUACUUACGGAGACAAGUUUAUAAUGUACGAUACAUUUGCUACUCGAACUUACUUUGUGAUUUGCUGCGCUGUUAGUUUCUCCAGGUGAGAUUCAACAGUAUAUGGCCAGCCGUGGCCUGGGCUUUUAUUGAUACUACAUGCUUGCUUUCCCACCUCGAUUUCCCGUUUCUAUCGAUCAUUUGAGAUUAUUUUGGAACAAACCCACCGCAUCGCCACUUAGUUCGCUAUUGGUCACAAAUUUACAUUCGCUUGGAGUGCAACAAUAUAUUCCGUCAGGUAAAAUAUAGAAUAGUAUAUGCCUGGCGAGGCUAGGAUCGUUCGCAGAAUAUUACACCACCUAUUUUUUUCGCUUUUAACAAUCGGUUACCAUGCCAGCCGCCACUGGAUCCGCUACAAAAAAGGCACCGUCCCUGAAGGGCUGGAUAACGAAAUUGAAGGAAAUUCAAUCAUCCUUCAAUGAUAUUUGGGAAUUUGUGGAACAAUUCCCGGAUGGAAGCACUAUCACUGAAAUCGAAGUCCGUUUGCAAAAACUCGAGGAAUUGUGGGAGAAAUUUGGGGAGACACUUGUCGAGAUUAAAUCACACGACGAUUUUCCACCCGAGAGUGGAGACGCCUACGACAAAGAGAGAAGAGAGUUCAGUAACCGUUAUUAUCGUGCAAAGCCGUUCCUGUUGGAGCGAAUUAAGGAACACCAAGCUCCUCCACUGUUGGAACAAUCCACCCAUGCAGAAAUCUGGCUAUUUCUGGGUGGGUGAGGAUGUUGGUGAUCAACAAGUUUCACCCCACACUUCAUCCCUGGUUGGAGUCAACUAUA